CGCGCCCUCCCGCAGUCGGUGCGCGUCCGUGCGACGUACCGGGUCGUGGUGUGGUGUGUGCUCGGCGAGCGCAUGCGCCCUCGCCGUCGGCGGCUCCACGAUCGAGGUCCCCCCCCGACCGAGCUCUCGGCUCUCCGUCGACCGUCGCUUUCGCGCGACUCCGCGUCUCCGCGUCUCUCUCGGAGGCUCUCAGUUCGCCGCCGCGUCGCACACCGUUAUCCCGGUCGUCGUGCGUCUACCUGCUACCUGCCCGCUGGCUCUAUCCUACGCGGGCUCCCGGCUGAACCACUCGCGUUUCUCUCUCGGAAGUCCCCCCCCUUCCACCCCGGUUUUCCGUCGUUUCCGUGCGCGAGCACAGGUGUCGGAGUCGCACCGGAUACACACGGGAUAUAAGAUAUAACACGUCGCCGAUAUACGCGGCCUGCCGCGAUACCUGCCGCGCUUGCUGCUUGUCGCCGCACCACCGUCGACGCGAGCAACGACGGGGGCAGGCGACAACGGGUUGGCGGUGCUGCCGGCGGAUGAGAGCGUUCCUCCUCGGCGCGUUCACCACGUCGUCGUUGCGUCGCGCGGACACACCGGCGGCGCCGGGGCCCAUCGCCGUGGGGUCCAAGGAUGGUGAGCUCCCGCACGCCGAGCGUGAACGUCACGUCCACCGUUAACGGUAGCGGCGUGGCCGACGGCCACAACGCGGGGAACGCGUCGCGUGAGGACGAGGGCCGCGCGACGAACGGCGGCGUCGGCGUCGGGCCGCAGGAGUGGAGCCAGAGCGGGCCGCCCUCGCUCUCGAUGUCGGUCGACCUGCACAAUCUUGUCAGCUCGAAUCUCACUGACUCGGGACGGUACUCGGCGAGCCCGGAAGACGACCGUCAGGCCAGGUCGGUAGGCAACGACGCCACGAUCAAGAUCGGCUGCCACGACGAGGAGGAGAGCUACGAGGGCUUCGGCUCCGUCGAGGGCGACUCGGUCGACGACGGACCGGAGUCGCCGGGCGGUAGCAGUUCCGCGCCCUCGCCCACCGGCACCAACUCGCACAGAAAUCCGAGAAGUCCGAACUCCACCGUUGGAAGGCAUUCCUGGUUACGUACGUCGCUGCGGAGAACGCCCCCCUGUUCAGGCAGAAAGAGACUCAGCACCAACGCUUUAGCGAGCCAGCUUUAUCGCAGUGGCAGCUUCAACAGCUCGGGAAUGGGCUCAAAUUAUGAUCCUGCAGACGAUGUGUACAGCGACGUAUCUUUGGAGGACGUCAUGGAUCUCAGCCACAAAGUGAGUAAGAAUUGCGAUUUUUACGUUAAGUUUCUCCUGGUGGAAAAAUGUCUCGGAAUAAAAUUUUCAGAUUUUUCUCACCAACAUAUCUUUGUAGAAAUCUGAAUAAAUGUGAGAAAAUCUGUGCAAUAUAUCAGAAAUUU